GGAAAGUAACUGUCUGGAGGAGGGGGGAGAGACCCCCCCAGAGGGUCACUCGUCGACGAUAAUGGCGGAAUAUGAAAACACUGCCGCUGUGUUUACGUUGGUGGAUCCUCUGACGGUCACCUCUCUAUAAUGGUUCCGUGACUUAACGCAAGAGCACCCAUCAAGAUGAGUGGUAGAUACAGUAGAACAUAUAGUCGCAAAAAAGCUGCUCCACCCCCAAUAAGUCAGUUUGACAAGUUGGUGACUGAGCCAGGCAGCAGCAACAGCACUAAACCUUCAGCAACCAAAACUGCCGGACACGUGGGCAAAUGGGGAAUUACAUCAUUUACGUCGCUACGAAGCAUCAAUGGUGGACUAGGCAAAGAUGACAGUGGCAAGCGUUAUGCUGAUGACUCCCCACCAUCCAGCAUUGGUGAUGAUGCCUACAGCUUUGACAGUGGUAACCCUGCCAAUGGAGCCUCAUUGCAAGUCAGGCCUCCAAUUAAAACAUUCAGUAAACCUCGAAAGUUCUUCAAAAGCAGGAAUACGGAGGUGGUUUCUGAGCCUCCAAAGACCCUAGUGGACAAAGCUCGGGGAAAAGUGAGCGAUGGUCUAUACAAUAUGAAAAUUCCUCCUCUGUCGUCCUUUGAGUCACCAGACUCUAGUCAAGGGACAGUAAAAAGCAGCCUUGAAGCAAGUGAAGAAAGUGUGUUCGAUAAGCUUGUGACUAGUGCAGUAGCAAAGCCAAACAAUUCUGAGACUGUGACCAGUUCAAAGUCUAGCAGUGGAAUCAAGUUAAAAAUCUUUAAGAGCAGAAAUGUUGCCUCAUGUUCUCAGGAAACUUAUUCUAGCACGGUGGAAUUACCCAGUGAUGAUUCCCGUGCUGGUAGCGCCUCAACCAGUGUUGCUAGUUCUCCAUCCACUAAAGAUUUCAGUGAGGAAAACAGAGACUCUUCGGAGGAGCUAGUGCCCUCCGGCUCCCCAUUGACCGAGUACAAAGAAUCACAAGUCACUUUAUCAAAUAUUUCGUCAAGAGACACUAAUUAUCACUCUCCAGAUAGAUUGGCGUCUCCAAAUAGAACAUCAAAUACGACCAUUGAUUCUAGUUUUGAGUUUGCUGGACUAAUGGACCAGAGAACUGGUCUCCCUGUAGAUAUGUGUAUUGAUGAUAGUUUUAGUUUUUCAGGGAAGAAAUCAAAUAGUGAAACUCCUCACUCUAGUGUCAAAAAAUCGUACAGUUCUAAAUUCUCAAAAUCGGGUGAAUUAAACAAAUAUAUGAGUAAAAAUAUAGAACCAAUAUCGUCUUCAUCUGACAUUGAUACGCGACAAAACGUUUUAAGUGGCGAAGUCUGUGAUGGCCCGUUGACUGACGAUUUUGACAUAUUUAGUAUGAGCACAAGUGAUUUUGGAGAACCUCGGAAAAUGUCACCAGUAGGUAGAAGUGUUAGUCCUGGGGUGUCCUCGGGUGUGGGAGAUGGCGAGAGUGAUAACUUUGAUCUAUUUAGCACAGACUUUGAUGAAAAUGAAAUUGAAGACCGCACCAGCCUUGAGGUUGCUGCCUCGAGUGACCUGGCUAUUAAAGACUCUACUUCUGUGGCUGAAGAACAGGAAAUGGAGGAUUUGCUGUUCUCAACUCAGGGUUCAAUUAUUUCUUCACAGGCAUCCACCACUUCCUCCUACGAGUCUUUCAAGCCAGGCCACUCAACUAAGGCAGAAAGUGAAGGUGUUAAAAAAAUUGAACAGCCGCCUUUGGUUAAGAAGAGGAGUAUCUUCAAGAGCAGAGAUGCUGACAGAGAUGCCAAAAAGCGAGCCACAUACCGACACAAGUGGCACGACCAGGAUGAAAAAGACGACAGCUCCAAACAGGCCCCACCAGCUUUGCCCAGCAGCCAAAGUGCAUCAUCAGCUGCCUCUGCAUUUGAUGAGUUUGACUUUGAAACACCAACGUUAAAAAGAGUGCAUACCUGGCCUGGAACAGGCACAGGAGAUUUGGACGACUCUACGGAGGCACAAUCGGUGACCAGCGUGAAAUGUGCAAAGGGUGUAAAGCAGUAUUACACAGUGGUAAAGAAUGUGAAAAGAACACAUCAGCUUCAGGAGUCUGGAGAAUUCCAAGAGUUCAAUGAUGAUGUAGAAUAUUUCUUGGAUGCCUUACGGCCUUCCAUGCCUGUAUCCACCCGGUGUUUGGCUGCCCUCAACCUUGCUCAGAAGUGUAUGGUACCAGCCUUUAGAAUGCAUCUGCGGGCACAUGGUACCGUCAUCAAGUUCUUCAGUGCUCUGUCUGAUGCUCAUUCCGAUCAUAGACUGGCAAUAUGUGCAGCGACAGUGAUGUUUACACUGAGUCAGGACCGGCUUAACAUGGACCUGGACCGUGACUCUCUGGAGCUGAUGUUGAAUCUUCUCGACACCGAUGCCGACACUUUGGAAAAUGUCCCUCCUGUAGAUGCCUCUUUUGUAACCCAAAAUAAGAAAAAGAUCAUGGAACUCUGUCGGGACAUGCAAAAAAAGGGCCAUGCAAAGCAUCUUGGUUUGGAUAACAUCAAUGCGGGCAAUCUAGCCAUGGAGACACUCCUCAGUCUAACUUCAAAGCGUGCAGGAGAAUGGUUUAAGGAGGAGCUUCGGGAACUAGGAGGAGUGGAGCACUUGAUACGCACCAUCACAAACUGCACACAACAUUUCUCGCCAGACUUGGAAAUGUGGUCCCAUCCGUUGUUGGAGAAGUUGUCUAAGGUCGACCGCUGCCUCAAAGUCUUGGAAAAUGUAACACACCAGAACACGGCCAACCAGGAGUAUCUCUUGACAUUCCAAAAUGGGAUCUUUCUGGAGAAGCUGAUGAGCCUGUACCGAAUGUGUCACGUUGAGGUGCCCCUCUACCCUGCGUGUGAAACGCAAAAUCAGAAGUCGGCUUCUAGUGGGGUAGCAGCAAGCCAGUUGUUGGUAAAAGCUCUUCUCACUACCAUCAAAGUUCUCAUCAAUCUCACACACAAUUCUGGAAAAGAAGCUUUAGGAAGUAAAUUAUUGGGCGACCAGCAAGAUGUAUAUGACAUUACACUCUACUGUCUCUUGAUCAUGCCCAGAUACUUGGCACCAGAUAAGAGAUUCGAGUUGCUCAUCUUGGCUUGUUGUUUACUGCUUAAUUUGGUGGAACAUAGUAAAGCAAAUCGUAAUGUGCUAAUGAAAACUAAAGCUCCAGACAUCUUUGAGGAAGAAGAUGAAAGAUUAUUUUGUGGACCAACAGUAAAAAAGGGUGCGAUGCAGGCCCUGAUAGAGCUGUUUUAUCGUAGCGAGGAGAGUGCACGACAGCAGGAGGCUCACACCAAUGAAAUCAUUGACCACGACCUAACAGAACAGAGCAAACAAAAAGAAGACGAGAAAAAGGAAGAUGAGAUAGAAGAAACUGUGGCUAAACUGCUACAAAAAGCUGGACAUCACAUGGAGGACACGCUCAUAGCGGCAUACACCGCCCUACUUACCGGGUACUGCAUAAUGGAAGACGAGGAAUGUGAGGCACAGAUUCGUGCCAUGCUUCCUGAGGCUAACUUUAGCUUAAUGGUGAAUGUCUUGAAGAAGUUCCUUCGCUUCAUGGACUUGACAGCCUCUACAAGCCUUUUACGGAGCCUGAAGCCCACAGAACGAGUUGUAAAAUAUAUGGAGAAACUAGAUGCCAGCGAAGAAGAAGCAGAAGCAGAAAUUGAAAGAAAAAAGCAAGAAGCCAAAGAAAUGGAAUUUGACGCUUUUGGUUUUUAAGGCCAGGAACAAUUGCCUCUCAUCAACUUCUGCUCAUAGGAAAUUUAUUUUCUCACGUUUAUAAAUUCAAACUCCUUCAUAUUUGAGACUUGGAAUGUGUGUUUGUCUUGAGGCAUUGUGACUUAAACAAAUUAUUCAAAACAUGAGGUUUUUUUUGGAUUGUUGAAAUUAAAGUUUCCAUUAAUCGGUGGAAUCUUUGUACCAGAAAAAUACGAAGUAUAACUUACAGGAUGGCACAGCACAGCCUUAUCUGGUCUAAAAUAAGUAUAAACUAUGCCAGUUUCUCUUCCUCCUGGAAUUUGUCUGUGGCGCCAAGAGUACAAUUUGCAUUUUUCUCCCAUGCAUCUAAUGGUAGCUUAGGGUAGUUAGUGCAGUUCACUGCAGUGUCCUUUACUCUGCCAUUCACUCUUUUACUGGCCAACCAAAACCAAAGAUAGCUGCACCUGAGCUGCCCUCUGAGGCUUCACAAUGAUGGCUUGGGCAGAGUUGUGUUAGAAAAGAUCCUGCGGCGAGGAAUGUCAAUCCGGGAGCGCAGAGACGUGUAGCUGGUAGCGUUAUUCUAGUGUGUAGUAUAAUAGUGUCUUUUUACAGUUUUAAAUCUGAAUUCCUGUAGAAUGACAGAGACUAUUUUUUUGCCAAACAGAAUUUUCUGUACAUGUCACUUAUGCAAUGGUGACUUGGUUCCUUAUUGAGAGAACUCGCUCAUAAACUCGGGAUGCCUAACUUGUGCUGCUACCCUCUCUAGAUAGUCUGAACAUUCAAUAGUAUCAUAGUAAAUAUUUUGAUAUACUUGCAUGAUAAAACUACUUCAGAUGGAUGACAAACAGUAGGACACCCUGGAAGUUUAGUGGUAGUGUAGUGGGUUGGUAACCGGUGACGCAGUGCGUUCUCCCAAAAUAAGGACCCAAGGACUGCAUGUUUUUAAUGGGUGCAUUGUUUUUGCUUGAUACAAAAUGGAUUCUGCACUCCUUUGCAUGAGCAAGAUAAGUGAACUGCGGUGUGAGUGUCCAGAAGUACAGGAUCUUCAGAAAAAUUCUACCAGUGACCUGAUUUUUUUAGUGAUGGAGUGCAUUCAUGUCAAUAAGGGUUAUUUUAUUUCUACUUGUGUGAUAGUUGAGUAUGCAUGCUGUUAUCAUUGUCUCCUACAUUUCCACAAACCAUAUGACCCUGUUUUUCUAUUUGCACCUGAUGUGUAUAUAUUUAAUGGGUUCCAAGUGUGAGCCAAUAAUUCCUUUUAUGUAGUAACCUCCCAGAGAUCUCAGAAUAUAAUAUUUUAUGUUGAUUAUUUCACCUGCCUUUUUAUAUUUUACCCUGUCGGUACUUUACAUUGUGUAGUUGCUCCUCGGCAGUUUACAAUCGGUUAUGAUUGUCGUGGCAUUUAUGCCAUUGUUACACACAAGGGGGGGGAUGAAGGGGUGACAUGUUUAUUUUCUCUUGUUUUCAUUUUUGAUCAUAUUGUUAGUGCCAAUUUUCACACAGAAUUUUCACAUUUUUCUUGCUCAUAAAUUUAGAGCAAAAUUUCUUUGAUUUUUGGAAGGUAAUUGAGAGUGGAAAGCUAAUAUUCAGUACAGUAUAUGAUCAUUAUCAUUCAUUAUUGUAAUUAUUUACUUCUUUUUAUGAGAAAUCUCAAUAUUUUGUAAACUAUAACUUGCAAUAAAUGCAAUUUUGAACGUGGAAAACUCGGUGUUAAUACUGUAUAUAAAAUUGACAAGUUUGAUAUUUACUGAAAAUGGGGUCAUUACGAAGCAUGUUUGUGAUCCAAAGUAGAAAGUAUGGUUUCUAAGAAAAAAUCAAAUGAACAAGUAAUGUAUUUUGAGAGGAACAUGUCUUAUGAAAUUUGGUUAGUGGUUUGCGUAAACAAAAAAAAUUGUCCCCGAAAUCUAAACUCUUGCUCACAUACAGGCAUUUCAUAAUCUGCUUCUUGAAAUUUGAAAAGCCUCUAAAAGUUGAGGAAAGGUCUUUGAGGCAUCACUUGUAUAUCAACGCUGGAAGAGACUCUUGGAAAGAUAUUUGUAUUGCUCCGUUGUGCUCGGAACACUGUAAAUGAUUGGUCACUAAACGUGUGCGUAUUGUGUGUCUUCAGGAUAGCUAAUGACUUUUUAACUUAAAUAGAUUAAUUUUUAAGCUUGGAGUUACUGUAUUAUGAAUAUAACAAAUUUAAUGGGUUUUAAAGCUGAGUUCUCACGACAACUACCAAAGAGAACGGUGAAAUGCAUACACUUUUAAUGUGCUUGAUUUUGUUUGCAUUUCCGUAUAAUAACAAUAACAUAACUGGUUCAAUGCUCUUUUUAUCAAUUUGCUUAAUAAGUAUUUAGAGAAACAAAAUUUUAAAGUGUAGCUAAGAUUAACAUUGUUUUUUCAUAAUAGAUACAUCAAUAGCUUUCUUUAAUCACAGAUGUGUACCUGGUGCAGUAAAACUGUGUGUGUGAACUUAGUCACUCAUUUGACUGACUUAAAAUUCAACAUGUGUUUUAUUUAACACAUUAAAAUUGUUAAUUCAAUAUUUGUUAAAUCUUAAAUAUCUGCUGCUGCUUUUUUCUAUCUCUUAAUUAUUUUUUUUUUUUUUUCACCUUUCUUGUUAGCACUUUCACGUUCCUACGUCGUCCACUGAUUUUACUUGAUAAGGCCGACGAGGCAUUAUUGUUUUUUUUAUUAUGCCUGUUAUACGAUAGUGCAUUUCAUUAUGCCAAUAAAUCAUUAAUGCACAUCCCAAUACAAAGUCAUUGUUUUACUAAGCAAUAUUUAUACGUCAUACUUGUACUAUGACAUCUCCUGCAUCUUACACACCGAAAUCAACGUUCAAAACCUAUAAAUAGUUUGUUUGCAAAGGGGUAUAAAGCUUUUGACAUUGCACCACAUACAGUCGAUUGCUCUGCUCACGCACUAUGGCUCGCCUGCAAAAUUUGUUGAAUAAAUAUUAAAGUAAUAUGUUUCCGAACAAUGAUAUAGAUUCCUCGGUUGCGCACAUAUAAACAAGAUAAUAUUAUAUACAGGUAUAUAGGGGUACAUUGUACAAAUCUUGAUCGUUGUUUGUAUAGUGAGUGGUGUCUUGCACACCACAUAUUGCCACAUUUUUGUUUGUGCCUUUAGCAAGAAGCAUUAAUUUCCAAACACUUUAAUACCAGUCAUUGUAUGAAGUAGGUGUGAUUUAAGUCAUUUUUAGAUCUUCCUACAACAUUGUAGAUCAAUACAAUAGCAUUGUAGAUCAUUUUUUCACAACGAAAAAAAAAUUAACAUAAUAGUAAUAUUAUAAUUGAAAAGGUGUACAAUAUGAAAAUGCUUAUUAAUUCUUAAAAGCAACAUUCUUAACACCCAACAUUAUAUAUAUUUUACUUUAUAAAGCCUCACAUACCUGGUAUUGUUAAUCAAACACAUUAAUUUUCCAAUAUUUUGAUACAAAAUUCUACAAACUGUUCGUAUAUUAAGCUCGUUUCCAAUUUUAUUAGAUAUGUAUCGUUCAAAUAAUUUUCAGUCUGGCUACUGUGAUAGAAUUUUGAUGUUAUGAACAUUUCUACAUUAUGUAGAAAUGUGAACUUUUGCAAUCUCGGCAGUAUCUCCUACACCUGACAUUGCUUAUCUAAUUUGUUUGUGCCUGUACGAAAAAAUAUUAAUUUUUUUAAUGUAAUUUUUUAAUGUAACUGAGCAGCAGCCAAAAUGAGAGGGGUUGGGAACUGUGUUCAAGAUGAGAAAAUGUGACCCCCCAAACCCCCCCAACCCUUCAGAACGUGGAAGUGUUAUUGAGGAUUUUAGUAUCUCGUUUCUAUCAUACUGUAAUUAACCAAUUUUAUUACAAAUUAUAAAGCAGUGUACCACUAUUGUUUUUAAGCAUCCUGUGUGAAUGCAUGAAAGUGGGUGUCUUUACUUCAAAUGUCGGUGGCCAGUGGUUUCUAGUUACUUGCAUGCUAAUAGCUUCUACUAUCUGUACAAGUGGCCAGGUUCUAUAUUCUUGUAUCUCUACAAAAUAAAAUUAAUAUAUGUUGAGAGCAUAUAUACUGUACAGCAUAUACUAUUGUAAGAGUGAAUUUGUUCAAGUUAAACUGCAGAAUUGAGGGGA